UUGUGUUAUAUUUUCUCUUCUCAGUGAUUUUUUUCUCAUUUGAAACAUGCCGCUCAGUCUGAGGGUACAUCCCACGAAUUUGUGAAAAAAAAAAAAAUAAUAAUUUUGCGGACAAAUUUUUGUAAUUGUUCCCGAAAGUGAUUCUUGGAUUACUGAACGAAUUAUUCAACAAGCGAAUUUAAGUUGUCAGCCAUUGAAAUGUCGUCGGACUACUCGUUUUGCAGCGAAGGGGGUUUUGACGAAUUAUCCAGUUCUUCCGAUUCUGGCUUCGAUGUCAGUUUUGAAUCACCAAAACACGAAACAUCCAACGAUUUAUUUCCGGCCGUAAAAGAAGAAAAGAGGAAAAAGUCCAGGAGUAGCCGGUGCAAAAGUCCAACACAGGUGCUCAAGUUGAAAAGGAACCGUCGCAUAAAGGCGAACGAUCGCGAACGGCACCGGAUGCACACCCUGAACGAUGCCUUGGAGAGGCUCAGAAUGGUCUUACCUACCUUUCCGGAAGACACCAAAUUAACGAAGAUCGAAACUCUCCGUUUCGCUCACAACUACAUUUGGGCCCUUUCACAAACUCUCGGCAACGCAGAAAGUGGAGAAAUUACGGUAAAUGUAGGUAACGUGACUGUAAGUAUCAGCGAUACCGGAAAUAUGAUUACUUCAUCGACCGGAAGUUGCGCAGUUGCAGCGCAAAAAAGACUUGGACCGGCAAUUUCUGGGUUCCCAUAUCCUCAGGAAAGGUUCAUGCCGGAAUGGCAAGAAUAUGAUUGCUACAGUGAUCAGAGUAUCAGUCCACCUGUCCAAUACCAACCUUGUUACGACCAAAGAAUGUACACCCACCAUAAUCCACAUCAAAUUCCUGUUCAUCACCAUAUGCCUCAUCACGGAAUGUACCAGUGUCUCUAGAUUUAGGGAAUUUUUAUAUUUUUGCAAUUUCGAAAAUUUAUUUGGAAAAUAACCUGAAUUUUGCGAUGAUGGGGUGUCUACCUGACCGGAAACACAAAUAAUAAAAAAAGUCGGGAUCCAUUAUGAACCAUUAGGUAUGAGAAAACUCAGAAUAUAUGAUAACUUAUCAUAAAUUACUCAACAUUUUGAUGAAU